AUGGGUGCCUGCUCGCUUCUCGUUUUUAACCUCGCCGCCUCCGAUUCUCUUAUGGGCUUGUACAUGAUGAUCAUUGCAAUUGCAGAUGUGCAUUUCGGUAACACUUAUUUCGAGCAAACCUCGGAGUGGCACACAAGUAUCCCUUGCAGGUUGGCUGGCUUUAUUUCCAUUGUUGCGAGCGAAGCAUCGGUGUUUUUCUUGACUCUUAUUAGCAUUGAACGAUUCCUAGCCAUCGUGUAUCCCUUUAGCAGCAGACACAUUCGCCCCAAGAUGGGCCGCAUUAUUUCCGCUUUGAUAUGGAUUUGCACCCUGAUUGUCGGCGUGGUUCCCACCAUACUUGCUUUUGAUUCGAGCUCAGAUUUGUAUGGCCUCUCUGACGUAUGCAUUGGGUUACCACUGAUGACGAAAGUGGCGCGAUAUGAGACAAGAAGCCAGACAAUUGAUGCGGGUGGAGUCGCCAACAUAACCGUUGAAAUACCGCACGCUGCUGAAUAUCGCGCCUCUUGGUUUUUCUCUAUUGCGCUUUUUCUUGGAGUCAACCUGCUCUGUUUCGCCGUGAUUCUCAUAUGCUAUGUUUGCAUGUUUGCUAGUGUCAAAACGUCAAGGAAGGAAGUUCGACGUCACCAAAACGGGGACGAUGAAGUUCGCAUGGCAAUCAAAAUGGCGGCGAUAGUCAUGACUGACUUCGUCUGUUGGAUGCCAGUGAUAGUCAUGGGUAUCCUGUCUCAAAGUCGCAUCGUGGAGAUACCACCCGAAACCUACGCCUGGGUUGUCGUCUUCAUCCUUCCCAUAAACUCCUCCCUCAAUCCUUACCUCUACACCAUUGCGGAUCUUUGCUCCAAGCGGCAUUCUGACUUAAACCGGAAGAAGGUCACCCCCAAUAUAUCGUCAAAUAACGAGAAAAAAAGUAGCAACUCCAAGGAUACUAGUUUUACUGUUGAUGCUGAAACCAUUCGUGAGUAG